AUGAGUCUCUCCGACGCGAUUUUCGACUAUGUCAUUGUUGGCAGUGGCACUGCUGGUCUCGUGAUGACCAAUAAGCUGAGCGCCAAGGGCGAUGUCACGGUUGCUGUCAUCGAAGCCGGCACAUUCUACCAGAUCACCAACCCUGUCAUCGGUAACACGCCCGCUGGCGAAACUCUGUUUGCUGGAUCCAGUCCGCUCGACACCAACCCGCUCGUUGAUUGGAAUUUCGUUACCCAAGCCCAAGCCGGAGCCAACAACCGUCGCAUCCACUAUGCUCGUGUUAAAUGCCUCGGUGGGAGCACGGUACCAAGCAGUCUUAUCCAAAGUGGGCAGACGCCGUCGGUGAUGACAGCUACACCUGGGACGCGCUAUCCCCGCAUUUCAAGAAGAGCGUCAAGUUCACACCACCCGGUUCUUCUCGCUCUUCUAAUGCCAGUGCAGAGUAUAGCCCCGACGCUUUCUCCUGCGGGAGGACCUCUUGAUGUCUCUUACGCCAACUAUGCCCAGCCAUUCAGCACUUACCUCGAGCCCUCGCUCAACGAGAUCGGCAUCCUCCAAGCCCAAGACUUCAACAGUGACGAGCUGAUGGGCGCCCAGUACUGUACUGAUACCAUUCAACCCGACUCUCAGAAGCGUGAAUCCAGUCAGACGUCCUUCCUCGGCGAGGCCAUCGGCCGCAAGAACCUGAAGGUCUACCAGUUAUCUCUUGCUAAAAAGAUUCUCUUCGACAAUAACAAGAGAGCCACAGGCGUCGUCGUCUCUUCCAACCUUGGUCUGACCACUUACACUCUUAAGGCCCAAAAAGAGGUCAUCCUAUCCGCCGGCGCUUUCCAGAGCCCCCAGCUUCUGUUUAUCUGGCAGCGCCCUGGUGUCGAUAAACACAUAGAGGACCACGUCUUCUUUGGUCCCACGUGGCGUGUCAAGGUCCAGACUCUGACCCGUCUUGCCAACGACCUGAUCUACACUGCUGCUCAGUUCGCUAUACCCUACAGUAUACUCAAGCAGGGUCCACUUACCAACCCGGUCUACGAUUUCCUUGGCUGGGAGAAGACGCCUCGCGAUCUCAUCUCUGCGGAAGCCGCUGCUGUUCUCGACAACGAGCUCCCUCCCGACUGGCCUGAGAUCGAGUAUCUGACCGCGCCGGGUUACGUUGGUGACUUUGCCAAUCUUCUCCUCACCCAACCCAAGGACGGAUAUCAGUAUGCCACCACCCUCGGCGGUCUGGUCGCUCCUCUCUCCAAGGGUACUGUCACCCUUGCAUCAGCCGACACUAAGUGUCGGAACAUUAGCUGUCCGGCCGCCGGCCGGAUGACUCGUGUGCCCGGAAGGCUACACAUCGGCCUCUGGCGGCCGUGGCAAUAACCUCCCUUUUUAUUCCACUCACUAAGCAAUAUCAUAAG